AUGCUCGGCUGGCGCAGCCUUAGCCUGCCGCUGCUAGAGCUCCCUGCUCCUUCUCCUUCCGGGUGCGACACUGGCUUCGACAACCAGCUCGCCAUCCAGGAGGCCGCCACCGUCGGCCUCCGCAGCCUGGAGCUCCUGGUCCUCUCCCCCUCCAGCGCAGCGCCGUCCAAGGCGCCGCAGCAGCACCAACAGCCGUUCAAGGAGAUCUCCGACCAGGCUGUCUCCAUGUUCCGCAAGGUGACCUCCACCCUCGACUGCAUCGGCCAUGCCCGAUUCCGUCGCGGUCCCAUCCAAUCCCCGCCUCCUCCAAUUCCGGUCGCUCCUCCCACUCCUGCACCGCGCCCUCUAGCCGUCCAGGCCCGCCCGCAACCGCAGAACCUGGCGAUGGACUUCUUCUCGUCGAUGACCGCCAUCGAGGGGAGGGUGUUAAGGGCCGGAGCAGGCCGCGACUACAAUCCAGUCCUCGAGCGCGUCGCCGCAACCUCGGCCGUCGGCGUAGCGCUGGGGGUGCGCCUGCUCCUCCUCCUCUCCCGCUCGCGCGCGCUCAAGCCGCUCGCCACCACCACCUCCGCCGCCGCGGCCGCGCUCCGGGCGCCGCGGCUCCUCGCCGCCGCCUCCUCCCCGCUCGCCGCCCUCCUCGCCGCCUCCAAGGCCGCCUCCAAGUCCUACAAGGCGGCGCGCGCGCUCGACCCGGCCGCGCGUCCCCCCUCGCUGCCCUCCUCCAAGCGUGUCAAGGCCGCCUUCGCCGCCGCCUCCCUCCUCCGCCUCGCCCCGACCCUCCUCCUCCUCCCCGCCGCCGCCGCCUCCCCCUCCUCCUCCUCCUCCUCCCCCACCGCCCUCUUCGCGCUCGCGCUGCUCAAGUCCGGCUACAAGCUCUCCAAGAACUCCGCCAAGGUCGUCGAGGGCUUCCUCGGCCUGCAGGUCCACAAGGGCUUCCGCAACGGCGUCGACGCGCUCGGGGUCGUCGUCAAGGUCGCCGUCAUCGCCUCCGAGGUCGUCGUCUGGGUCGCCGUCAUCGCCUCCGAGGUCGCCGUCGCCGCGAGCGUGCUGGGCCUCGCCGAGGACUGGAUUGCUUUUAAAAAAAACUAGGGACCCGAUUGCUUUUUUAGCCUGCUUAUGUGUGGGCCAACUCUGUCAGAAACGCACUUAAAAGAGCCAAAUCGGGCUCUUUUCAGACUUGGUAGUUUUUUGCCACGGUUUAGGAAAAAAGCGGU